GUUUAGCCGUGUUUCAGCUUAACGUUAACACAACAUACAAGUCCACCAGUCUCCAGUACUCCAGUCGCUGUUGCCUUGCGUUCGUUGGCCGAUGUAUGUGCCGAGUUUUGUUGUGGGAGUGAAGUGCAGAAGAACAAGUGUGUGUUUGAUUUGAAUGUGGAUUUCUAGUGCAUUUUAUUUCCAUCGUGAGAUAACUGAAAGGACUGCUGCAGUCGAUAUGUGGACCGGACACGAAUUCAAAAAGGGAUAGGGCGAAUUUUUGCGAAACUUUUAACGAAAAUAAUGUACCAUACAAUCUUGCUUUACUGGAUGAUUACCUGAAGAUGAACAGCAACCGAAAGGAGGUGGAUGGUGAUUACAAUUGCCGGGUGAAACUAAACCAAGCUUUGGCAAUUAUAAUACGAAAAGAUGGCUGCAGGGGAGAUCCGGGGGACUUUUGGAUGUAUGAGAAUGGAUACUUGUUAUUUCAGGGAUUACUGUCAUCUAACUCAAUAUGUUGGUGGAACAACGGCUUGAAUGGAGCAACAAGAAAUCUGGUGUACUACGGUUAUGUCAAUCCGGGUGCGUUGCUCGUAGCAGCAGAGCCAUGUGCCUUGGAAAUAUUGAGGAACGCUUGGUCUAGAAGAGUUUUACAACCACCUCCAGGAUACCAAAUAGUAGCUUUAGAAGACAUCGAACAGUCUACGAUAAUUCCAGUGCCACAAACCCAAUGGACGCCUCUUCCGGAGGCUGUCUGCUCUGUUGUUUUAAGGCUUUCUAGUCAAGGCAGACCUGCUGGUAUAGAAACUAUCAGGGAAUCGUUAAUUCUUGCAUUUCCACACGUUUCACCGCCAAGCGAGCAUGCCCUGUACGACACCUUGGUGCAACUAACAAAAGAGAAAAAGCUUUACAAUACAUCCAGCGGAUACUAUAUAAUUACUCCAGAACGACGACGAUCAAGAAGUCAAUCUAGAGGUCGAAAAAGGGAUGACGUCGGGGUUGAAUCCUUAACCAACAAAACGAUGUUACUAUCAACAGAAGAAGCAGUUGCUAUGGUUCAUGGAGAUAUGGCCACCAUAAGGGAUGGUAAUGUUACUCAUCAAUGUAUACAGACAAAUCUUGCGGAUGUUAUAUGUGGAGGUAAUGCUAGUGAUAAAAUACUUUAUCCACGUAGCAAACGACGAUCGUCGUCUUUUCCCUCUCCUCGAAGUCCAGAUAGGCGAGGAUCUUUCCGGCUCUGGAAUUCUAAUAGACGUCUAAGACGAUCCGCUUCUACGAGAACCAUUGCGAAACAUUAUGUCGACACUAGCAGUAGUACAGAAUGCCCCAAUAGUGGAGACUCUACUCCAAUACUUAAAAAGACGUCGCUACUUUCAAGAUUGUUUCGCAGAUCUAAACGUUCCCAAUGCCAGAUAGGAACCUUCGGAGCACAAUUUCCACCAACGGAAUGGUUUAAUUCCAAAGCUGUACAUUUGCACAACGUGGGAACGCAAACCAUUACUGCGGAUAAGGACAACAGUAUCAAUAUAGAGGCGUACCUGGAAACUUGUGAGCUGGGUUCCUCGAGAUCAGCAACAUUACCAAGAAAUCAUCGAAGACAGCUGUCAUCAGACUUGACAUUUACCACUCCUCUUAACGGAUCCAGAGAAAACUCACCGAUAUCUAGCUACAUUAACUCCUCAUAUGCAACAAGUACUUUACCUAGAAAAUAUGUAGGAAGAAGCAGGGAAAGCUGUAAAAAGGCUAGUCGGAGUAGUUUGAACAAGUCUGCGGCCAAUCACGAGAAACCUCAAGAGUUUACUGAACAAAAUAUGGUCAACGAAAGACUAUGUUCGCCAUCUAUAGAAUCAAGGUCUGGUACGAUUUUGAGUUUUGAAGAUAGCUCUAGUUCAAUGGCUGAUUCACCUGUGAAAAACUUAUCAAACAUAGACAAUAGUGGACCUAGUAGUAUAGAAUCUCAUAAAAGUAGCAAAACAGGUAGCUCUUUAACCAGCGGACCCUCCAGUUUAGAGUCUCAUAAAACAGUCAUAAAAAGAAAUUUGACGGAUUCUCCCAAAACAGAUCUUCGAAGUGGAAGAAAGCACAAAAAAGAGGCUGUUAAAAGUAAGCCUUCUCUAAAACCUUCUGUUAUCCCCACGCCCAAACCUCCUAUAUCGCAUAGCAACUCAUUUACUCUUCAAGUGACUACUAAUCAGAGUGGUACAUCAUUCAAUGGAGCUCCUGGAGGCAAUACGAAGAUUUUUGUGCAGAAUUCCCCUGUAAGGUCUGUAAUCACGUUUGAAAAUGGACAGAUUGAGAAAAAUCCAAAUGUCGUGAUUAUAAACAACGAAAACGAUGAAUCUGUGAUUAAUUCUACCGAAAAAUCAGAAAAUAAACCUGCCAAGAACACCAAUCAACAGAGUUUAAACAACUCGAGAGAUACUAUUAGCAACGAACAGAAAUUUGAAGCAAUGAAUAAUAGUAGAAAACUUUCGUUACAAUUACCUUCAAAAGAUGGUCUGAACUACCAUAAUGUUAUCAAAAACGUUUCUCAUAAUAACGUUAACUCAAAUUCUAACCCAGAUUCACCAAUAGCUAAUACAUUCAGGGAGUUUUCCAAGUCGAAUUCAUUCACAAGUACGCCACCAAGUCCCACUAAGAGCUACGAAGGAAUACCCAUGUUUUCUUCAAUCAAGUAUCAGAAAAACACAAUAGGUUCGAAAACGUCUCUAGAAAAGUCCUUCAGUUGUUUAGAAAAUGGAAAGACGCUGGAAAAAAACGUAGUUGGUUCUGAACCGAACAUCUACUACAAAGAGAUCUCCCUGUCCAGAGAAAACAGUAACCAAGAGUUUCCUAGUUUAAGCGACCUUAGUUUUAAUUUCACGAGCCUCGCGGCUCAAAAAAUCUUAAAAGGUGUCAGUAUAAAUAGUGUAGAUACUCUGGUAGAACUUAAUAUGGCGGCUAAUUUGGAAAAACAAAAUAACUGUGACAUGGUUCACACAGAUUUUGGUUUAGUGUAACUUGUACAGACUUUUUUACAGAAAGUUUGUAUUAAUGUUACUAAAAAUUAUUAGAUUUUGUGCGCAAAAAUGCCAAAAGAUGUGUUUAAGGAAUAUAGUGUUUUAGUUUCGGUAUUUUGAAACAUAUAUCUUUUGGUUAAUAAGAGUUUUUUUCCAACUGAUUAUAGAAGAUAAUGAAACUUUUACGUACAAUAGGGUCCCGCUAAUCCGAAAAUCCGCUUAAUCCAAAACAGAAUUUGACAAUAGAUUUGGGGAAAAUAAAUAUGCAAUUACUACAAAAACCACUACUUUACAUAUCUAAAAAUAAUAAUAAAAUAUUAUUUCAAGUAUUUAAUUGUAGCCACCCUUUCAAAUUUUUUUUUUUUUCAAAAAAUCAGUUAAAUUUCUUUGGUUUAAUGAAAAAUUCUUCUCGAGCGUCUCAAAAACAUGCUAUCCACUUACCUACAUAACGGCGCGGCGCGGCGCGCGGCGGUGUGUUGCUCUACGUAGCGUAGGACUAGAUCAAACGCAGCCGCAGCGCGUAGCGUCUGUGUGGGCUACCCGCUGUUCGCUGUUGACAUCUUCUUUCUCAUCACUCUCAUCAGAUGGUUUUGAAGGUUCUUCUGUAACCAUUUCAAUGAUUUGCUGUUCAUCUAUAUCUCGUGGACAUCAUCAUCAGCUCGCACCCAUUCUUCUACAUCAUUUUUAUUCGUCUCUUCACAGCAAGGAAUAUUUUGCACAAGGUCCCUUAACAAAUUGGUUUCUUCAGCCUCUAGAUCUGAUAUUUGUUCGUAAAUAAAGAUUGGCAAAAUUUUUCCAAGGAGUUUCUUAUAAUUUUUUCAUUCACAGAUUGCCAAGCCUCUGCUCCCCAUGAAAUGAUUUAUUUUCUUGAGUUUUUCUAAUAGUGGCAGUAAUUUAUCUUCAUCACUUAUUACUUGCCUCAAUUUACGCUAUUGACUCCAACUUUUUGUCUUAACGGUGUUUGAUACGUCUCAGAUGAAUGUAUUCUUCCAUAUAUUAAAGGGUUCAUUACUUCCUUUUUUUUUUAUUAUCAUAGGCUCUUAUUGCAUUCAAAACAAAACUACUGUUAUGGUAUUAUACGUGUUAUUGUGUGUGUUAUUUUGUUUUAAAGAGUGUCUUAAGAAAAUCUGGUUAAUCUGAAAAAUUCAGUAAUCCGAAAUGGGUUCGGUCCCAAUUAUUUCGGAUUACCGGGACUUCACUGUAUAAUAUCAUCACGAUUUAACUAACAAAUAAUAACAUUAAUAGGUACAUUCGCUAACGGUAAAAUAUUGCAAAACCUCUAAAUUUUAAUGAACCGCUUGGAUUGACAUGAAAUUUGGCAUACACAUGUAAUAGCUAAGUCAAAUAAGAAAGUGAUAUUGUGCCGAUGUGUGCUUUUGUCAUGGGUGUGAGUUUCACCCCUUCUUGGGGGUGAAAAGAUAUACGUCUAAAAUAAGUCCGGAAAUGGAUAAACUGAAUAAUUUUAAACAACUUUUGUUCUAUAAAGUUUUUUCAUCAAGUUAAUACUUUUCCAGUUAUUUGCUAGUGAAUAUGUACAUUUUUCAACAAAAUAACCACGUUUUUAGACGGUUUUUCAUAAAUAACUCAAAAUAUAAGUAUUUUAUCGAAAAAACAUUCUGAGAAAAAUAUAGCUCAUAAAAAAAACUGAAAAUAAUGGUGUAUGUAUGAGAUCCCUAGACCCAGUGAAAGAAGAGUUCUAACUAAUGCAAAAUAGGUUCAUACUCGCCAAAUUCCAAAUCAAAUAAUUCAAUGUGAAAUAACCAAAAAAAGAAGCACUUUUUGGGGAAACCUCAUUACAACUUUUUUAAAGUGUUUAAAAAGCUUUGUUUCUGUUUUUUAAAAAAGUUUCUGGCAUUAAAAGUAAGGAAGUUACGCUCAAAAUAAAGUUGAUCCUUAUUUUUUGGUAAAAAAAUCGUGAAAAUCACCCCCCCCCCCCCCUAAGUAACAUCCCAAAUGAAAUUAAUCGUUACCACUUCACAAGUUGCCUUACUCGUGUAUGUAUUGUUUAUAUGAUCAGUAAGUUUAAAAGAUCCAAAAUAUUUAGUAAAGAAAAACCUACAGCUUUUUUCUCUUUUGUGAUUUUUGGUCUCACUAAUAAAUUUUAAGUUAUUUUGAAAAAAAGCAUGUUUUCAAAAUAAAAAAAAUAAAAAAAAUUACUUUAAAACAGCGGCGGCCGGCCAGGUGAAGUAGGUGAAGGUGAGCUUCACCAAAAAAUAUAAUUAAAUUGAGACAAAACAAGCUGAAAAUGCGAGCAUUAUCAUAACGAAAACUUUGUAUAUAUACCAAUAUACCUAUUUAAAUUCAUAAUAUAGAAAAUUGCUAAUACGAAAAACUGUUUAGAAUUAAAAAUUAUGUUUUAAUGUGCAAGUACAUAAUUCUAAUUUAAAUGUUGUGAACUAUAAAGAAACUUUACUCGAAAUUCAAAUUUUUUUACAUACCCCGUAUAAAAUUAAUAAAAUUUGAUUCAUGAUGGUUGCAUCAUAAAUCUUAGACCAAGAAGAGAUUUUUAUGAAGAAUAACUUUUCUUCGUCAAAUUAAGAAUACAAGAGUUAUAAAUGAAAAUGAUGUUGGUAUCCAUAAUUUGAGAAAAUUCGUCAAAUAUUUUUUUCCAUUAGAAGGAUGUAAUUUCAUAUAUCAGAACAUACUUUUUUAUUCCAAACCACAUUUUAAAUAACAAUUUUCCAAUAUUGUAAAAUAAAUAAUACAUACAUGAUAAAGAUACUUUUUACUGAUGAACUUUACUUGAAUCAAAUACUAUAGAAUAGUAUUUGCUUGGAUCUACAGACCUAGCGAGUCUCGUAAAUUCCACGGCUUUGCGCCACGCUUCACGCAACCGUAUUUGCGUACUUGUGUUUUGAGUUGUGUGCGCUGGUCGCUGGUCGAGUGGAGUUUAGAUAAUUUACCAAAUUUAAAUAUACCUAAUCGUUUCUACUGAUUCAUUAUUAAUAUAGUAUAAUAUGUAUUAUUGCUUUCAAAAUAUACUCAAAUUGUAUUUUUAUACAUUUAUUACACAUAUUAUUUUAUAUAAUAAUUAAAUUCACUAUAAAAUGUCAUUUAUAUUUUAUUAAUAGCUUAAUAAUUUAAAAUUUAGUUUGACAUUCACGAAGUGUCAAACUCAAAUGUAAAUAAUAACAUUUGCUUUGCUUAACAAAUUCAGAUUAAAAAAGUAGCCUACUUCCUAAUCAAAGAUUUCAGCUGACGUUUAGUGCCUGGUAGGAGAUAACCGGAUUGUGACGUCACAUUUUAGAGUUUGAGGUCGAUUAUCUCGAAGACGGUUAGAGAUAUCGAAAUGCCGUUUUCAGAUUUGGAUUCAGAAGACAAAACUACAUAAGAAUCCAUCGAUACAUCUGCUCUAAGUAUUGCAGGAGCGGCAACGCAAUAACACACAGACUUUUGCAAAUUUAUAAACGAAAAGUUUUCGUUGAAAAUAUAAGUAGCAUGAUUAUAUCUAAAUACUGAAAUUAAUUAUAAACCUACUCUUUUUUAAUUAAUCCAAAAAUUAAAAAAGAAUUUCAAUAUGUAAUCCAAAAAUUAAAACUGGUCCUUGACGGUCAGAUCCUGACCUGUGUCAUUUGACUUCUAUGACUCGAAUUAGAUGAAGACGUGGAUGAAAUUUCGUCUCUCGGCUGCACAAGUAUCAACGGUUGUCAUGGCAACGUGACGUCAUUAUAUCGGCACUGGUAGUACCCAGCUUAGACAAGGAAAGAGAGAGGACGAGUAAUCCUAUGACCAAAAGUGAAGCCAAACCGACACCAGAGAUUUUGAUCAUCGACGUAUCUUUGGGGUAUUGUUAUGCAUUGAGUAUUUAAAAUAAAAACAUGAAAUGUAUUUAAAAUGAAGAAUUUGUGUACGGUAAAUGUUUUAUUAAGUUGCUCAUAUUACGUACAUAUGUUUCAAUACAUACAUAUGUUUUUAUUACGAAUUUUAGAUGAUGAUUUACUUUAUUUUUUAUGAAAUUUGAACCUUCAACGAACACCCACCACUGGCAACCCAUUGUUAUUUUUGACGUGACCGCCAUGUUUCUGGUGACAAACAAACCAAAAACUGGCUUCACUUUUGGAACGUGUGUUUUAAAUGAGUGUUACCCGUCCUCUCUUUUUUCCUUGUCGAAGGUACCCAGAGAUUAGCAAGUGCAGAUGAAUUUAAAAAUAAAUCCGCCGUAUUCACCUAGUAAAAUUUUAGUUGGAUGCGUGCUAUGAUGGGCAGUAUUCGUUUUUUUUUUCGGAAGAUGGAAGACCGCAAAUCAGUUCAGUUGGCUACAGGCUUUUUAGGAGAUUUAAAUGAUUUUGAGUUUACAUUUUUAGCAACAGUUUUUAGCGGCAUUUUUCAUAUUAUAACAGAUAUUUUAUAUGACGUUCUUAAAAAAAAAAAACGUCCCUACUAGAUAUUCAUUUUUGUUUAAACUAGAUAAAAAGGACUCGUCAAUUAAUACGUGUUAAAACAAGCGAAUAAUUUUUUAAUUCUAUUUUUGACAAAGCAAGCACAAUGACCGUCAUUAAUACUUUGAAAAGAUCUAGGUGUGAUGAUGGUAUGAGUACGAAUGCAAAUUCUACCCAAUAAAGAGCAUUAAUCUUUUUAUUUAAUAUAUGAUCAUAGUUUAAUGAAAAUGAAUGUACAUUUUCAGGAUUGUGAUUAAUUAAAAUUCGUAAGCUUAGCAGAUACAACAAAGUUUGGGUCAUACAGUUUGAUCAUUCCUUCCGACUUCCGACGCUUUUAAAAAUUUAUUUUGAGUUUUUGGCAAAAAAUUUACUAAAAUUCAAAGAUUUAAAAGAGAGCUCUGCCUUUUAUAUGCUGACGGAAAUUUAAAAAAUGGUAAUUUGCAAGAAUUGGUUAUAAAAUUACAAGCAACUAAAGACAUUGUUACAAUUCCAUCGAAUACCGUAUCUGUAGAAAGAAGUUUUCCGUGCUUAAAAAGGCUAAAAACUUUUAGUUUGACUGUUAUCGCACUCAUAGAGAACUAUUAAAUAAACUUAUGCACAAGCAUCCUUUCUACGAGGAUAUCAUUGAUAGAUUUGCUUCCAUAAACGAUCGUUUAUAAAAAUUAAUUAAGUCAGUUUUAUUAAUCUAUCUAAUACAUAGGUACUGCUUUUUUGCUAAGUAUCUCUUCAUCCUCGUCUCUAAUAUAACUGCCAUAAAAAAGUUUUCAAGUUGUUAGGGCCCUAAAUUCUAAACAUGUUUUAAAGAAUUUUUAAUGAGAUUUGGGCGCGUCAUAGGUAUUAGUAUACCGAAAUCUCUUUUGGGUCCGGCAGACUUUCCUCAUCUUCACCACUUUUUUAGGCCACGAGCCGCCGCUGCUUUAAAACCAAAUUACCUACCUGAAAAAUAAUACAGUGAUGAGCGCGCUAAUAAUCGGCAAAAUAGCACUAAAGAUGGAAAAUGUAUUAAGUUGUGAGAUAAAAAGAAAUAAAAAUAGUCGAGUUGGGAAAUUUAGCGAUGUUACAUAUACAUUUACAUUAUAUGGAUUUUUUCCCACCUUUAGACGUAUCGCACGAAUUUGGAAACUACCACUGUCACAGUGACAGUUUUAGUUGACAUACUCUUCUGAUACGUGUAAAGGUGGGAAACAGUUAAUAUAAUGUAAAUGUAUAAGUUUAAUCGCUAACAAAUGAAGAAAUCCUGAGAAGAAUUGGUACAGAACGAUAACUGAUGUGCACAAUUAAACAGAGAAAAACGGCAUACCUGGGGCACCUAAUUAGAAAUGAAAGAUACCAGUUUCUGCAAACCUUAAUUGAAGGAAAGAUCGAAGGAAGAAGGGGAGUGGGCAGGAAGAAAAUGUCAUGGCUCCGUAAUGUCAAACAAUGGACAGGACUAAAAAACAUAGGAGACCUAAUAGAUACUGCAAGGGAUAGAGAAAAAUGGUCAAACGUGAUCGCGAACAUCCAUUAGUGGAUUGCAUAAGAAGAAGAAGAAAUAUAGCUAAAUGUCCCAGCUCGACUAGUUUCAUUUCUUUUUAUCUCACAACUUAAUACGUUUUUCAUCUUUUGUGCUAUUUUGCCGGUUAUUAGCGCGCUCAUCACUGUAUAAGCCCUUCGAACGAUGAAACUUACAGAUCAUAUAUAAAAUAAUACAUAAGUAAAGUAACUUGUAAAGCGGAAACGAUUAAUUUGAUUUAAGAUGCUAAUUAGGGGGUGAUUUUCCCGAGGUUUUUGACCAAAAAAGGACCAACUUUAUUUUGAGCGUGACUUGCUUACUUUUGAUACAAGAAACUUAAAAAAAAAAACAAAAAUAAAGUUUAUUUUAUACAAUUUAAAAAUGUUGUAAUGUGUUUUCCCCAAAAAGUAUAUCAUUUUUUCGUUAUUUCACGUUGACAUGUUCGCUUUAAAAUUUGACGGAUAUGAACCUAUUUAGAGAGUUCUAAAAUAGUUAUUUAUGAAACAGUUCCUGAAGUAUACUUUUUGCGAACGCACGCGAUGUUUAGAGCACGAGCGACAGCGGGGCGAGUGCUAUACAUCGCGUAUGUUCGCAAAAAGUACCUACUUCACGCAGUUUCAUACAAUAUUUUAUCUACGAUAAACAAAUAAAAAAAACUGUAACUCGUCACUGGAAUUCAUUUCUAUUCUACAAUUUUUAGAACUUUGACAUUUAAAAAUUCUAACUUCUUUUAAACCACAAAACUGUCAAAACUUUUAUUGUAAUUUAUUGCUCACAUGUCAUAACCAUGACAACGCGAAAGUUAAAAAUAUUUAAUUGUAUGCUUCUUUUCAUGAGCAUUUUUCAGUACGUCGCAAAUGAUAGAAAAAAAGGUAAGUCCGUGAUAAUACAUUUUAGUGACAUGACAUUUUAGUUAAAUCUGACAGUUGUCACAUUUUAUUUGCAAUUUGGCAUAAAAUCAAAUCAAUUGUGUUUAUUGCAUUUAUAAAAUGGUAUUUUCUUUGAUUUGUAUAGUCUUAUAAAUUGUACAGAUUAUAUUCGUAGAUAUAUUAUAUAAUUGGUAAAUAUUUUUUUUUCGAUUAUAGCGCCAUCUAUUGACAACUAGAAUAAAUGUUAUAAAUGUCACCGACGAAAUAUAAUCACCGACGAUCGUUUUUUUCUGUCACAUGCAAUUUAAUGCGUUAAAAAGAAAUCGAAAAACUGUGACGCACUGAAAGAUCCUCAUGAGAAAAAGCAUAUGAAAGUGUGCCAAAGAACAGUGCGAGAAAGUAAAUCCCAUUUAAAAUACAUUGUUACUUCAAGCUCACUUUAAAUCCUUCACGCACUGCUAUCUAUAAUGACAGUUUUCUCAAACUAAAAUCUUAUACAUUAUACAGUGUGUCCACGGUUGGGGUGCCUAAGAGGAAAAACGUUUUUAUUUUCAAAUUUAGCGAAAAAUGUCAUUCUUGAUAAAAAGUUUUGCUUGUUCUAAACCCCCAUAGAACCCCCCAACCAAAACGAAAUAGAAUUCAAGUUUUUCAAAUCCUGCUUAAUUUUGUAGCCAAUUUUAUGUAAAUCCCUAUAAAUUUUUGCACUAAGUUCGAAAACGUAACAAUAAUCUAGUGUUGUCAAGCCACAAUGUAGCUUAGUAACUGUCAAUUCCGAUAAAUAAUUUGCGAAUUGUCAUUUUUUUUUCGACAAUUUUAAGCGUUCAAUAAAAAUUUAUCUUAUGAUAAAUGUCAUUAUUAAAAUUAAUGGAGUAAUAAUUAUUUCAUUAAUAAAUAAUUCGAUGAUUCAAGGAGAACGACAAAGUCUGGCUUCAUAAUCCAGAGAAACGAAAGGGUUGUUCUCCCAAGUUAUUAUUGUUACAAUUUCGAACUUAGUGCAAAAAUUUAUAGGGAUUUACAUAAAAUUGGCUAUAAAAUUAAGCAAGAAUUGAAAAACUUGAAUGUUUUUUCAUUUUAUGGGGUUUUAGAACAAGCAAAACUUUUGAUCAAGAAUGACAUUUUUUGCUAAAAUUGAAAAUAAAAAAGUUUUUCCUCUUGGGCACCCCAUCCGUGGACACACUGUAUUAUGAGAUAGAGUAGAUAAUAGUUAUUUAUGAUAUAAGUGUUGAAAGUACAACUUUAAGGCACGCAUGUGGAGGUUUGCAAUUCAUAUGAGUGCCUUAAAAAUGUACUUUUAACACGUAUAUCAUACAAUAUUUUUUCUACAAACGUUAUAUAUUUAUAAAAUACAAUAUUUUUGUUAAUUGAUGAAACUAUGAAUCCUAUGACCCGUAAAAUGUAGAACUGGUUGUCUACACUCGAGGGCAGGGGUGGGCAAAUACUUUUAACUGCGGUCCAAAAUGGCAUUUUCAAAAUGUCUCCCAGGCCGGAAGACUAUACCGUGAACGUUCGCUGCGCCAAUUUUUUUGGUGGGAGUUUUUUGCCCGCACUGCUCAACAAUUUUUUUUCACACAAAUGCUAUAAGUAUCAUUGUAAAACAUUUAGACAAACAAAUUUGAUGAAGAUUUUUGGACGGGCCGGAUAAAGUAAGCAAAAGGGCCGGAUGCGGCCCGCGGGCUGGCUUUUGCCCACCCCUGCUCGAGGGGAAUGUCUAAAAAUUCUUAGCGAAAAUAUUAUACCGUUACAUAAACUUGUUUUUUCUACAAACGUCUUAAAUAUGCAAUAAUACAGUUUAAAUUAAAUUUUAAAAAACCUUUUUCAAAUUGCGCAAGUUGUACUAUUAAUGUUAAUGUCAAUAAAUGAGAUACCUAUAAAUAUUUUGACGUUUGUUUUCAAAAUUUGACAUUUUACUUUUAACUGCAGUGCCUUAAAAAUUUUAAAGCACCCAGUGCUAUAAAGUAACAUUUUUAAGGAUUCUAUAGGUUGCUAAAAAUUGCAUUUUUAACACGUUUGUAGAAAAACAUUUUUUUUUUCACUUUUUUAGUGCUAAUGUUUUUGCUUAGAGUAUUUUUUUUCCAUAAAAUACUUACUUUUUGAGUUAUUUGCAAAAAACCGUCUAAAAACGGUUUUUUUUUUCGCCGAAACAUAUUUACUUGAAAAUAACUCGAAAAGCAUUAACUUAGUGAAAAAUGCUAUAGAACAAAAGUUUCUUAUAUAGAAUUAGUCAGGACCUAGAUUUUUGACCCCUUCGCUUCGUUAUUGAACGUAUUCGCUUCGUAUCUGUUAAGUGUACAGAUAGCGAUUGAUCGAUAACCAAGCGAAGGGUCAAAAAUCGAUGACCAGUUUAUCUAUUUCCGGACUUACUGUGAACGUAUCUAUAUUUUUUCACUCCCUAGAAGGGGCGAAAUUCAUCUUCAGUGUAAAAGUACACAUUGGCACAAUAUCACUUUUUUUCUUUGACAUGUUAGCUAUGCGUAUGCCAAAUUUAAAGUCAAUCCAAGCGGUUCUUUAAAAUUUGGAGCAAAAACCGUGAUUCAAUGUAUUUACUACAUAUUUGCAAAAACAAUUAAUUUGGGAAAAAUAAGUAAAAUACCUUGUACACUAUUACUUUGUACCUACCCGAUGACAUUGAGCAUAUUAUGUUAGGCACCGCAAUCCCCAUAAUUCCAUGUGAAAUGCAGGUUCUAAGUUCACUUUUAUAAAAGUUAUUAACAUUAAAUAAAAACGUUAUUUUCCAAUUUUCUAAGCAACAUAUAAGGAUAGAAACAUUUACAAAAUGCCAUUUUGAAGGUGUUUAUGUGACAUAAAUUUCUUACUUUUAAAUUUGUAUCAAAUACUUCACUUUUUGCUGAUAGACGAAGAAAUGAAAUUGACUGUUUUUUUUUUGUUAAUAAGUACCUAAUAGUAGGGGAGGCAAGUAUGCUAAAUUUGCAGUUACUCGAGCGUUAUGGGGACCUAUUGCGUUGUGAAGAUUAGGUCUUAAAACCAAAAAAAUUUAAUUAAGUUUUCCAUUUUAGCGGGAACUUUCCAUGUUUUAAUUUAAUUUUCCAUUUCCAAAAAUCGUUUUUUUUCGAUUAUAGCGCCAUCUAUCCAUAAUUCGAAAAAAUGUCUCGAAUAAAAGUUACUUAUUUUUACGCAAGAAAUCCAAAUCUGCAAUAAAAAAAUGAAGGCUCCUAUUUAAGUUUUUAAAUUAACCCCCCACCCCACCUCCGUGUACUUUUCAGCUUUUUGAUCUGAUGUUCAUUUUGCGAAAUGUCACCGGGUUCCUAUCUAAAAUUUUAUAGUUACCCCUAUCCCUCUCUGUGGGGGUUUGUUUUUGGUAUCAGUCGAUAGAUUUUUUGAAAAAUAUUGGACACGAAUUUUUUAGUUUUUCGAUCUGACGUUAAUUUUGCGAAAUAUUCGCUUUUUUUGUGAAACUUUGUGACUCACAAAUGACCUCACGCCCCUCUAAAAUUGUCAGAUUUUUGAAAUAUACACUGUUCUGCAUUAACUUAACUUACCUUAUAUUAAUCUGAAAGUUCUGAGUUUUUCUUGGGAUAGAUUAUUUUUCGGACCCCCCUUAAUGAACUCCCCUGUAUUAAGAGUCCAUAUAUGGUAGGGGAACUUUCUGGGAACGCGUUCAUGGAAAAGAACAGCGGUAAAUCGAAAUGAUUGGAGAAGCUUAUUGAAGGAGGCCAAGGCUCGAUUUGGGCUGUAGUGCCAUUGGAUGGAUGGAUGGAUAUGGUAGGGGUACAUUUAUAGGGUACAAGGUUUCUUCCCAUGUGAUAAUCUGACGCGCUCGAAUAACUGCAAAAAUCCCCGCUUGGGCUUCCCCCUACCAUAAUUAUUUACUAUACUACUGUAAUUAUUGUCGUUUUGCUGAAGGUGUCAGUGUUACUAUAGUUUGGUUUUAAACCAGGAGGAGUAAACUAAAAAGACAGAUUCACACCCAAGAAAGUCACUAGAAAAUUCACCAAAUACAUAUCUUCCUUUUUGGUUGAUCAUGUGUCCACGGUUCUUGGACAUUUACAACGGUUUCCUACUCCGACUAACCAAUGAACAUUAAACCCGCGAUUACGUACACGAGAGUGAAGUGUGUUAAAACAGUGUUUUAAGGGUAAAACAUUUUUUAAUACAGUGUCCCAAAUGUAACAGUGAGCGACGGAAGUAUAACAUACCAGACUCCCUAGAAGAAAAUACAGAUAUUAAAAAAAUAUUUUCGUACCUUAAAUACUGUCAAAAAAUACUUUAAAAGAUCUAAAACUCACAUUGUAAUACACACAUAUUAUUAUUAACUUUUUUUUUGCUUGGACUAUUGCCAAUUAGUGAAACAUGAUAUUAUAAUACUAACUUAUGGAUAUACAAUAUUUAUAUAAAUUGUUACAUUCAGCAGUGUAUUUGGUUGGUCUGACUUUUUAUUAUAUUUAUUAUGACAGACAAAUAAUUUUUCUUUUCUUUUAUGGUGACUAACUUCUUUUCUUUUAUGGUAUUCAUAUCGUUCAGGGUGACUAACCACAUACUAAGUAGGGAUACGGGGUAUUAUUAAUUUACACGACUAAUUUUAUAAUCUUAAGUUUCAAUUUACACGACUUAACAUAAUUUGGAAGAAUCCUAAAGAUUGACGGUUUGUUCAAAGCUAGUAAGUUCAUCAGAUUAUAUGGGGGAUAACGUUUUCUUGCAAUAGCUGCAUAUUCGACCGGACUGGGGGUAGGUUGUUAUCUAUAUUUCAAACCCGUACGUCAUAAGAAGGGUUGCCCCCCCGAUAUUUUUUUUCUAUUUUUUCGGACAAAUUCUUCUUUUUUUUAAUUUUAUAUAAUGUGCAACAUAAAGAUACAUACAACCCUAAAUUUUCACUUUUCUAUCACUAACCGCUAUUUUUUAACAGCCAUUUAAAUAUUUUACAUCUAUAUAAACAAAAGAAAGUCGUGUUAGUUACCAACACAUAACUCGAGAACGACUGAAUAGAUUUUUAUGAAAUUUUCCACUUAUAUUCGACCGGACUGAGAAUAGGUUGUUAUUUAUUUUUCAUAGCCAUACGUCAUAACGGGAUUACCCAUAAUCUAACCUCUCACAAUAAUGACGUGAAAAAUACGAAAGUAGGUAGACUCAUCCGACACCCUGAUAGGGUACAAGGAAGGGGAGAAAGAAAGUAGGUAGACUCCUUGCUGAAUUCGUAACAGAACCGUAUUACAAUUUUUUUUCUAGCGCAAUCGGUGUCCAAAAUACAAUAUCUUAACCCUGGAAGCUCACACUUGGGUGUGAGAUACCCAUCGCGACACUUAACUGCAUGUAGCUUGCGCAGCUGCAUUUCAAUGGUUAUGCUGCUUUAUGUAAAUUCAGUCUCUAGUCUGCCAAGGACGUGUGUGUAGUUGCAGUCUCAUUUGAGCAAUAUUUACUUUUUUUUUAUUUCUUCACAAAAAAUCAUUGGGUAUCUGACACCCAUGUGUACGGUUUAUUUAAAAAAAAAAUAGGUGUGAUCGUCCAGGGUUAAGCCGUAGAAAUAUCUGAGGACAGACGAAGAACGAGCAACAAAUUUUAUCUAAGAAAAGUGCAACUGUUUAACUUUUAUACUUAAAUUGGACAAAAUAUGAUUUUUUUAAUUUUUCGAAACUUUCAAAAAAUAUCUCUAAACCGAACUUUUCUGACGAACGACAAGCAGAAGAAAAGUUCUGAGCAAACGAAAAGAACAAGCAGCAAAUUUUAAAAUUUUAUUUAAUUUUAAUUAAUUUUGUUUAAUUUUAUUUAAUUUAAGUAUUUUAUUUUUUAAUUUAUUUUUUUUUAAUUUUAUUUCAUUUUAUUAAAUUUUAAUUAUUUUUAUUAGAUUCUGUUUACUUUUAUUUUUUUUUUAAUUUAUUUAUUAUUUUUAUUUAAGUUUAUUCAAUUUUAUGAAAUUUUGAUUAAUUUUAUUUCAUUUUCUUUAAUCAUAUUUAAUUUUAAUUUAAUUUUAUUUUGAUUAGUCAACACCUAUACAGGGUGUCCCGGAAAAUAGUGCGUUCCUUCAAGGUACGGGCUAAGUGUACCAUUUAGAGCAAAAAAGUGUAAUAAAUGUUUUUUGUAAAGUCAACCGUUUUCAAAAAAAUAAUUUAUUAAUUUUAAUGCAUUUGAUUAAUGUCCACAGAAACGCAAAUACAGCCGGCAACUCUGCGUUCCUUCUUCUGUGUAAAAAUAAUUUUACUGUAACUCAACUAUCAUGAAUCAUCGACCAUUAGGCAUAAUAUGUAUUGAUAAAAUACUGAUAACAGUGAUAGAAAAACAGCAUAAUAUUUGUGUUUAUUAAAUAUCUAAUAAAUCAGGUCUGUAAAGUUUGUAACUUAGGUACAUGAAAAUUUUUUAUUACAAUCAAGCUACGUCUUCAGGAAGUAUCUAUCGGUAUAACAUGUUACAAAAAUUUGAGUACUACAUUUCUCCAUUCACUCUUCUGGGUAAGUCGAAUGGUUCAAUCAGAUAAUUGCUAAUAAUCCCAGCCCAUAAAUUUAUACUUUUGGCAAUUAUGAGAGUUAAACACACCAUUUCUCGUAAGACAAGCUUUAUCUGCACACAACACUUUACACAGAAAUGCGGGUUCUCUGAAGAUUUUGUUUUGAAACCAUCUACAAAUCCUUAAACUUCGAGGUAAAUCGCCUUGGUGUACCUAAAUCUUGCACUAAUUAUACACUAUAGGUACGUACAGUAGAUACGAUGUGAAUUGAACCAGAGGACGUUAUGGGGUCCAGUCAAUAAUUCUACGGCGAGCAUAGAAAUAAAGAUAAACCAUUCAUAAAUAUUUGCAAUUGAUCAUUCCUUGUAGUAGUCCACAUGGACACGGGUGUGGCUUAUUACUUUCUAACGUAUCUUAUUGGGCAAUACUGAAGUGUAAUUGGUCAAAUUGUUCGGAAAUGCUUACACUUAAAUCGUAUCGUUAUCUGGCCAAAAUUCCUUUUCAUGUUUCAAAGGCGACAAGCAAUAUAAACUCAAUAUAAACAGUGUCGUCGUCAUAGCCUUACAAUUAUUUAUUUUAUUUGUAUAAUAAAAUUGUUGUCUCAUUUAUUUAGUCCUUAAAUUAAUAAGCAUAUUAAAUUUCAUUUGUAUUAUAUACUUUUAAUCAUCAAUUUUAAAUUUUAAUAACUGUAAUAUAUGUUUAUACAGGAUGUCCCAUAUAUUUUACAAGAUUUGAUGACGCGAAAUUGCGCAGAUUGGAUAUCGUAAUUAAUGGAAUUUUGUUAUAGCAAUCAUCACAGUGACCAAUAAGAAUUUUUUGACUAUAAUGGUCAUCUUCAGUUAGUAUAUGGGCUGAACAAAUUUUAUUAGUUUCCUAUAAUAUAAGAGGUCUUUUGAACCCUGCAAAUUCUUUUAGAUUUGCUUUGUUCAUACUAUUUAAACCUUCAGUUGUUAUAUUUAACCGCUGUGUCUAGGUACACGCUAACGUGUACGCAAAUAAAAAAGUUAGGUACACGCUUAAACUUCAUCAAGCCAGUGACGUCAUUAUUUAGCGUACGCAGUGACUGUAUAAUUUGGUACCUACACGCUAUUUUGAUAUGUUUAGUGUUUGUUUGAUCGAAAAAUAUUUGUUAUUAAAGGGAAGGGAAGCAGAACUAUUCAGAUGUUUCAAACUUAAUAAUUGUAAUAAAUCAAUGUAUGUAUAUAAAAGUAUAUUUUCAGGUUAGCAAAAUAAAUAUCUAUUUAGUUGACAUGACAUGUACAAAAUAUUGUUAAAAUAAUUUUUAUACGCAAGUUAAUUAUUAUAAUCGCAAAAUAAAUAUCUAUUUAGUUGACAUGACAUGUACAACAUAUUGUUAAAAUAAUUUUUAUACGCAAGUUAAUUAUUAUAAUCAACUAUUCUAAAUGGGAAAUAAGCCACAAUUUAACUAAAAAAUGAUUUUAUUAACGUUUUGACGUCCUAUCCGAUGUCGUUGUCAAAAUACAAAUAUUAGUCAGAUUAAAUAAUUUAUUAAAAGAAAUAUUUUACUAAGCAAGAACAUUAUUAUUUAAUUUAUUAAAAUUUUGUAUUUUGACAAUGACGUCCAAUUUGGACGUCAAAACGUUAAUAAAAUAUUUUUUUAGUUAAAUUGUGGCUUAUUUCCCAUUUAGAAUAGUUGAUUUCAAAAAUGUCACAAGGAAAUAGCUUCAGAACAAGUUAAUUAUUAUUGUGAAAGCUUUAGGUCUUCCUUUUAUUUUAAUUUUGAACGGUAAUACUAUUUCACUUAUGACUAAAAAAAAAUAUAUAUUAAUUUAUAGUCUCUUAUCUUUUUUAUACUGUUUUAAAAUUUUGUUAAACUCAUUAAUAGAACUAAAUAAUUUUCCACACUCCAUAGUUAAUUUAAAAAUAAACACUAAACAAAUAAAACAUAAGAAAUCUCUUUACUAAGCAAUAUUAAAUAUUAAAGUGUAAACACAACGCGAUUAAACACAUUCUAACACUAUGACUUACUGAUACUCGCGGUAUAUUCUUACCACAGCAUACAGCAAAAAACCAGUAACAGUGCACGCUAAAUAGUGACGUAACUGACUUGAUGGCGUUUCGCGUGUACGUAACUUUUUUAUUUGCGUACACGUUAGCAUGUACCUGAGUACCACUCAGUACCACUCUGACUCUGAGAUUAUGUAAAAAAUUCUAUCUAAUGUUGAUCCCAAACCCCUUUUUUCAGUGAGUAAUAGAUUAUCGAAUUCUCCCUAAUGCAUUACAGUUGGAAAUGACAGAAAAAACAACGUUCCUAGGUGAUUAUUAUGCAUUGAACUUGGACAAUUAUGUAUUCGUUGACGGGUAUUUGCAUAUUAAAAAAAUAACUUAUAGAUGUAAAAUUGGUUGGCGAUUACAGUACUCUAAAUAGAUAGCUAAUCAAUGAUACGAAUAAAGAUAAUUUGACACAAAAGUAAUGGAUCGUGACAGUAUUUUCGCAACAUAGGCUCAUUUGUGUAGGCUCAUUUCUUUAGUUCUUAAAUUAAUAAGCAUGGUAAGUUGCAUUUGUAUUAUGUAUUUUUAAUCAUCUUUGGUGUCAAUUGCAUAAAGAAAUGUGAAUAAUUAACAAUAGUAUUACUGUUUAACAAAUUUUAGACCAUAAUUUAAAAUAAAAGUUUACUCAUUAAUUUCUAUUGCGCCGCCUAUGUUUUACAAAAGAUGCCGACACUCGGUGUCGAAUUUUGUUUUUAUACUUGUCCAACUGACAUCGUAUAAACUGUAAUUAACAUGAUACUUGCGAUCGAAAUCAUAACAAUACCACAACAAUACGAUGUAUUCUCGGGUUACAGGUAAUUAUGAUAUGACUGUUUGUGUUUACAAUUUUAAAUAUCUUCGCUAUGUCAAAAUAAAUAAAACUGCCGGGUUGCCAAAUAUAAAUUUUAGUAGAAGCCAUUAUUUUAUUUUUUUGAGGCAACAGAUGACUUUAGAACAAAAAAUUAUAAGAAAGUUUUCUUUUAAAUAGUGCAUUCUACCCACACCUUUAAGGAACGCACUAUUUUCCGGGACACCCUGUAUGGUUGGACAACCCCGAACCCAAUUAUAAAUACAGCGUUGUUUUGAAUGUAAAUAAAAUAAAGCCGGUAUAUUCAUUAUAAGAUAAACAAAUUUAAGAUUGUAACUGUUGCACUACAAACUUUACUUUGUUACUUCUAACGAAACUUUAUUCACACUAAAACACUUCAAACAUCAUGUGUAAUUCAUUAAAAAUAGUAAUAAAAACUCAUUCACAUCGAGCAUUUUUUGUUUAUUAAUUACGAAUUCCUUUGGUUUAUUUUAAGUUUAUUGUAUACAAAGGUUUUUUUUAUCAAUUGAGGCAGUACGAAGUCUGCCGGGUCAGCUAGUAAUAAAUAUAUUUACUAAAAACACUAAUAUAUUCUUUUCACACCUUUUCUUGCACUGAUAUAUUUAUACAUAACUUGAAAGAUUUAGCAACUAAACGCCAUACUGUCUGUGUGCGCAUGCGCGCAGUAUUAUGAAAUUUUAGUCUUAAUCGCGCCGAAAUGAGUAUAACUUCAAAAAAUCGCUGAUAUAACUUAAUUAACCUAUGAAAUGACAAUAGCGUCAAAAUUUCAUAAAUGUCAUUAGUGAAAAAAAUUCAGAACGGAGCAAACUUGUCGGAGCUUGGACCAAUGACAAACGGCGCGGUAAAUUUGAAUUAGUCCUCUUGGUUUAAAAACAGACCAUAGAAAAACCUUAUUUCCGUGGAGUACAAAUCCAGACCACGGUCUAUAAAUUCUAAAGUAUUGUACCUACCGUUAAAAAAUACAGACUGUUUCUUCUCGUAACGAUUCUAUCCAGUAAGAUUUCGUAGGUAUUAAAAUGUAGGUAGAUAUAUUUCCACUAAUAGGGGAGUCAAUAGACUUCGGAAAAAAUCAAACAAGAACUUUUUGUAAUUUGAUUAAGAAGAAAUUUUUACAACAUAUCAAAAAGUUCUACUCCAGAAGGGGGUCCUUUAUUUUUUAUUAAAUAGGUAAACUGCGAACUUAGUUGAACUCUCAAGUUUGCACAGCUUACCUUUCGAACAUCUUACUAAAAGAUGUUUUAUUCAAAAAAAAUUUAAUUCAAAUGAUAAGACGUCUCAAAAAAUGUAAUUUUUGAAAACUUCAUAAUUUUACAGAAUUACUGCCACUUUAAGCGGCUAAAUCUGUUAGUAGAACUUUUUACUUUAACAUUAAAUAUAUAAACUAACAAAAACAGUUUUAGAAAAGUAGAAGCUUGUUUGAAUUUUUCCGAAACAAUGCAUGUUUUCGUUCUGUAUUGACUCCCCUACUAAUAAAUAUUGAGGUAAACGUUUGUGUGGCCCUAAAUUACAUAAAAGUAUUUUUGUUAUACAUAUAUUGAAAGUUAUCUAAUGUAAGGAAUUUGUAACAAUUGUAUAUUAGUAGGUUAGAUUUCAGUAAAUUAAAUAGUAGGUUUUGUACAGCUUUAAUAAUAAAACUUAGUUAUUUAAAAA